AUGUUGGAUUUCAUUCAAGGUUAUGGCGCGCAAUUUUCUUUCAGUGAACCGAGUAUACUAGUAGCUUCAUUGGUCAUAGAACUAGCAUUGAUUUGUCGCAUCAUUGAAUCUCAGGAACAGGAUGAAUCACUAAAGAAGUUGAGGCAAAGGUGGGAUUGUGAAGGAAUGCAGGACUGGCACGUUAGCUCGGACGGCGGACCGAGAUACCGAGGCCGUAUUUGCUUUCUGAAGGUGCCCGAAUUGAAGCAAGCAAUACUGGACGAAGCACAUAGAUCUUGUUUCACCGUUCACCCUAGUAGUACAAAGAUGUAUCGGGAUGUCAGACGUCAGUACUGGUGGGAAAAUAUGAAGCGUGAUAUUGCAGAAUACGUUGCCAAGUGCCUCACCUGCAAGCAAGUAAAGGCAGAACACCGCAAGCCACCAGUUGACAGGCUGACCAAGUCAUCUCGGUUCCUCCCUAUAUGUGUGAAUAAUUCAGUUGACGACUUGGCUAAAUUAUAUAUCCAGGAGAUUGUUCAUGCUUAUGGCAUUCCUCGGGAAAUCGUGUCUAACAGCACACCAUGUUCACCUCCACCUUCUGGAAGAGGCUGCAAGAAGAGUUAG